AUGGGUGUCGAAAAGGGCGAUGCUAAGAAGGGUGCCAACCUCUUCAAGACCCGUUGCGCACAGUGCCACACCUUGAAGGAGGGUGAGGGUAACAAGAUCGGCCCCAUGCUCCACGGUCUCUUCGGCCGCAAGACUGGCCAGGUUGAGGGUUACUCCUACACCGACGCCAACAAGCAGAAGGGCAUUGAGUGGAACGACGAGACUCUCUUCGAGUACCUCGAGAACCCCAAGAAGUACAUCCCCGGUACCAAGAUGGCCUUCGGUGGUCUCAAGAAGCCCAAGGACCGUAACGACCUCAUCACUUUCCUCAAGGAGGAGACCUCAUAG